AUUGCGCAAGUAAAAUAAAUUGAACUACUCAAACUAAUAAAACAUCUAAGAAGCUAGAUAUCAUUGUGAAGGCAGCAAAAUGCUUUCUGGAUCUCCAGGACAGGCGAAAUUGUUACAGGGAAUACUGAAUGAAGAGGCUACCACUCCCAGGUUCCUGAGCCCGUGUAGGGAUCUGAGUAUACCGUUUAAUCCGACUGAAGGAGUAACGUUUUUGUUUACUUUAGAAAUGUAGAAGUAUCUUUUUUCACAUUUCCUUUAUCCCUGUUAUUUUGAGUAAACGUUUAUCAGUUUUCACCCCAUCCAGUAGAUGGCAGACCGCCAGAAUACCAUAGAAGGAAGAGCUUCCUGCCUUCCGUUCUGCGUACAAUCAUUUUUGUGUUAGGAAGUCUUGUGUACUUGUCGAAAUGGCCGAGGGUGAUAUCGAGGAAUUCAUUGAACAAAACAGGCAUUUGUCCGAGCUUGUAGAUACAUAUCGUGGUAUCUCCGAAAGUGAAAAACAUUGGAAGGCCAGGAGGGCAUUCCUAUUCAGAAAUAUAAACGACUUUGAGGACCCACACAUUGAUCAGCUGCUUGCUUUGUCCAUGGUAUGGGCCAACAACGUGUUUCUUGGCUGUCGAUACAGUCCAGACCUCUUGGAGAAAGUGAAUGAAAUGGCUGAAGGAAUUGUUGUGGAGGAUGCCCCUGUUUUCAAAACCAGAGAUGAGAUCAUGAAAAAUCAGAAACGAUAAUUGGAUGACCUGCUCCGUUAUGGAUGGAUUACCUUACUGUCCAACGUUACUCCGCUGCAUAUGAUUUUAAAAUGUUACUUUAUUAACAUGCAAGCUUCUUAUUGUUGUUUUUGUGUGUGUAUUACAACACAUGUAACACAAGCUAAACAUUUUAUACAUUAAAAUAAUUUUAGGUGA